GAUAUCAAGGCAGUUGCUAGCAGAAAGUGGACGAGGUUGCACGCCUAUGCAUGCUCUGCAUUUCGUAAAGUGAACCACGUGAGAGUGCCAAGUUUUGUCAUUGCAGUUUAUGGAUUGAGUUCUUUGUUUAUUAUUCCGGCAUUCCUGAAAUAAAGAAAAUCAUGGCCGCCCCUGAAGCGGCUUUAACAGAAAAGCUGGAAGUUGGUAAUGGUGGAAUAGCCAGUGUUGCAGGAAGCACAGUCAAAUUAAAAAGAGAAUUAGGGUUAUUCUCUGCAGUAAACCUUAUUCUUGGUGUAAUGAUCGGGUCAGGAAUAUUUGUCUCUCCAGCUUCAGCUUUAGAAUAUUCUGGAUCAGUGGCUUUAUGUUUAAUUAUAUGGACAGUUUCUGGAAUUAUAUCCUUAUUAGGGGCUUUGUCUUUCGCUGAAUUGGGUACAGUUGUAAAUAAAUCAGGUGCUGAAUAUUCAUAUUUUCAAGAAGCGUUUGGCGGGAUCCACAGAUAUUGGGGGCCAUUACCCUCUUUUAUCUGCGCGUGGAUAUACGUUAUGAUUCUACGACCAGCCGAGGUUGCUAUCAUUGUUAUGACUUUUGCCGAAUAUGCGAUACAGCCAUUUACUACGGAAUUGCAGGCUGAUUACAAAGUGAUUGCUAUAAAAUUGACAUCGUUAUCGGCGUUAUGCAUAAUGACAUACAUCAAUAUAACAAGCGUGAAGCUUUUCGUCAAAGUGCAGAAUGUGUUUGGCGUGUGCAAAGUGUUCGCCUGUCUCGUUGUUAUUGGCGGGGGGAUCUAUGAAAUCGCUAGAGGCAAUACUGCUCACCUGAACAAAGGCUUCGAGGGCAGCACCUCUAACCCUGGCAGCAUAGCCCUGGCGCUGUACUCCGGCCUGUGGGCGUACGAUGGAUGGAACAGCGUUACUGUUGUCACUGAGGAGAUUAUCAACCCUAGUGUCAACGUCCCCCUGAGCAUAUCAAUUGCAGUCCCGCUCAUCACAUCGCUAUACGUGUUCAUGAACGUCGCGUACAUGUCCGCGCUGAGCUACGCGGAGAUGACGUCAGUCCCAGCGGUGGCCGUGGCCUUCGGGCAACGCGUGCUGGGGCCGGCCAGCUUCUUGAUACCUCUAGGGGUUGCCAUGGCGACUUUCGGGUGUGCCAUGAGUGUGCAGUUUGGAGUCACCAGAGUAUGCUACACGGCAGCCCGCGGCGGUCACAUGUUGGAAGUGUUCUCAUACGUCAAUGUUAAGAGACUAACGCCCGCGCCCGCCGUCGCCUUUCAAGCGUUCCUGACAAUGUUAUUCAUAUCGGUUGGCAACAUCAAAACGCUCAUAGAAUUUGCCAGCUGGUUCCUAUGGUUCUUCUAUGGGCUAGCAAUGGUUGCCUUACUAGUGCUCCGAAAAACGCAAGCGAAAAAACCCAGGCCGUAUAGGGUGCCGACGCUUGUGCCUUGCUUUGUGUUGCUAGUGGCAAUAUUCCUCUCGGUGUUGCCAAUCGUACACGAUCCGUCUAUUAAAUAUUUAAUGGCCAUCGGCUUUAUAGUUAUAGGAGUAAUUGUUUACACACUAUUUGUAUAUUAUAAGAAGACGCCAACGUUACUUUUAAGAAAAUUCACAUUCCUUACUCAAAUGCUGUUUGAGAGUGUGCCGCCUAGCAAAGGUCAAGAUUGAACGAUUCUACUCGAUGUUAUAUAUCCUGAUGUAAAUAUACAAGUGAAAGUACAUUAUACAAUCUAUCGUGAAAUAUAAGUAAAGAAUUGAUUAUAAA